AAACCCGCUUUAAGACUUUCUCAUUGUUUGUUCAUGAUCUCGAGAAACAACAAAAUUUCCCGAAAAGCUUAAAAGUAAACAUUAUAAAAUGCUGAUUCAUGAUUGUUAUAAGAAGUUUAGAAAUUUUAUUGACGUUUUAUUGACACCAAGCUCGUGUUGUAACAUGUUCAUCUUACACUCUUAUCCGUACGUGGCAAGAUCUUACAUUGUCAAAUGUUCUUACCUUGUCAGGACAUCCGCGUGUACCAUGAUGUGCAUAUCUUCUGUCCCAUAUUUAAUGCGAAGGGACUGACCUACAAAAUAAGCUUCGAUGUGUCGCAAUUUAAACACGUUCGAUGGGAAAACACAAAGAGGCUUAUCUACGGUUCAUUACUGUGCUUAUCUAAGGACAAGUUUGAGACUAUCAUGCUAGCUACCGUGGAGAACCGGGAACUAGAGGAAUUAAGGAGAGGAAUAGUGGAAAUCAAAUUCACAGACACAUGGCAAAGGAUAGAACUCGACAACAGUUCGUACGAAGUUGUGGAAACAACUGCUUUCUUUGAAGCAUAUCGCUAUGUAUUGGAAGGACUUAAAGAGAUCGAUUCAGAAAGGAUUCCCUUUCAGCGAUACAUCGUCGACUGCCAAACUGACGUAAGACCACCAGCGUACCUAAGCAACAGAGAGCAAAUGCAAGAAGCAGUUACGUAUGACUUAACACCGAUAAUGAAGAAGGGCUCAAGGCAUACUUCCCAAAGAUCCRAGGAUUCGGAAAUAAAAGGUGAAUCUGUUAACAUUCUCGAUGCGAACGCCUGGCCAAGUGAGAAUGACUUGGGACUCGACAGCUCGCAAUAUAAAGCCGUACAGCUUGCUCUAACGAAUGAGUUUGCUCUGAUCCAAGGACCGCCAGGGACUGGGAAGACAUACAUAGGUCUCAAGGUUGUCAGAGURCUACUUAACAAUAAAGACMAGUGGAUGAGAGAAAAAAACAAUCUCCCCGCGACAGGUCGACGGCAAGUGGGUAGAUUUAAGGCUAAUACCCACCCUAUACUGGUGGUAUGCUAUACCAACCACGCCCUUGAUCAGUUCUUAGAGGGUAUUCAUAAAUUCCACCGGAAGGGUAUCGUACGAAUUGGAGGACGAAGUCAAAGUGAAGUUAUGCAGAAAUGUAGUCUAAAAGAACUGAGAUUCCAAAUGCGUCGAAACAGGAGAGGCUUUUCAGCUUCACAUGAAAUACGUGAAUUGGAAAAGAUUGCCUACCAGAUAAAGCUUGCAGAAGAAAACAUCAAAAAGUGCAAGAAACAAAUCGUCCAUGAAGAAGAAUUAUCAGUUCAKAAAAUCUURACUGCAGAGCUGUAUGAUCAACUUACAAUCGACCAGGAAACGGGAAUGAGAAGUCAAAGGACUAUGAUGUGCUACUGGCUUGGACUCGUAAACAACGAUCCUUUUGAAUCAAGUGUAGCACCUAUUGCUGUAUUUCCCUUGAAUCUCGCCUCCGAGAGAAAGAACCUCGUCAAUACUUUGCACGUAGCUCGGACAUCUAACGCCAAGCCAGCCCCUGGCCUUGGCACUUCUGAUGGCUCGUACGAGCUGGUGGGUGCACGUAGUUCCUUCAUCUACAUACCAAAUAAGAUCAACGGCUUCCUUGACACCCGUCAAUCAAUGACUAUUGUUUUGAAUGUGUAUCCCAUGAGCAGCAAGGGUGGUCCCAUUGUUUGUUUUCAUCAACAAGGAAUGAUUGGAAUUCAAAUCAGUCAGAAUGGCGAGAAGGAUGGGAAAGGUGUUUUGAAAGCUUCUUUCAACAGUCGUAAUGGUCAUGUUCAGAUGAAGCCGUUAUCUCGACCAGUUUUGAAGCUAAACCAUUGGAAUUGCAUUGCAGCCUCGUACGACUUUGGGUCUGGAAUCUACCAAMUAUGGCACGACGGAGAAAUGGUUGAGCAACUACAGAACGUUUAUGCACCGAUGGAAAUUGGAUCACAAUUUCCCGUUUACAUGGGCAAACUUAAUGGGAGAAAUCAUAAGGCGUCCUUURAGGGACGUGUCUGUGGUCUCCGCAUCUUCCCAUGUGCUCUAGGGAAACAGCAGAUUCUGAGGAUUCCUGGGAUGCAGAAAGAAGGCAGAACAGAAUCUCUCGUCCAGGCCGAUAAAGAGAAAGAUCAAAAAGAUCAAAAAGAUCAACAAAAAAUAUUAUCAGGAAGGUUAUUAUAUUACAAGGUUAAUAAUUGUGUUCUCAGGAAUCGGGAGGAGUUUGAAGAUCACGCACAAAGAUUGCAAGAAGUUAGGGAUUUUGAGGAUCUCUUAAUUUUGAGAAACGCAUCAGUGAUUGGCCUGACAACCACGGGUGCUGCCAAAUAUCGACGUCUCAUCCAGAACAUAAAACCACGCAUAACCAUAGUGGAAGAAGCCGCUGAGGUACUGGAGUCUCACAUCGUCACCUCUCUGACAUCUKGAUGUCAGCACUUGAUCUUGAUUGGAGAUCACCAGCAACUUCGUCCAAAACCAACCGUGUAUGACCUUGCUAAAAACUACGACUUGGAUAUGUCUCUCUUUGAGAGAAUGGUAGGAAAAGUCAAAGAAGAUUGUUUGGUGACCACGUUCACGUGGGAUAAAAAAGAAAACAAGAAGAAGAAGAGCGACGUGUUCCAGAACAUGAGACUCGUUCGGUUGGUGUCGACGACGGGGGAAACGGUCGUGAUCGAACGGAUCGAGGMAUCGUUCKWYCCUCAAUGGAAUGUGUGGUCUUACAAUGUGACCUUGAACGAUAAACGAGAUGAGAGUAUGUUCACSUUCCAGGCUCCGUCCGCCAACGCCGUCGAAGCAUACGAAUAUCUUAAAACCCAUCAUCCCAAUACCAGACCGUCCAUCACUCGUUUUGGUGGACUGGGUCCUAGUUCCAGCACCAACAACAGCAGCGGUGGAUUGGGUUCUAGUUUUUCAACAACAGUGGGCAAGUUCGAACACACAUUUGGUUCGAACAACAACACCAGUAAUGUCACAUACCCAGUGAAAGCAGGCUUCACCCCUUUUGGUUCACGUUUGCCAUUGUUUGGCGCCAAAGCGUUUCCAGAAAAAGAAGAAGAAGAAAGAAUGGAAGAAGUCGAACCUGAUCCCAAACGCGUCAAAACGAAUCGACCGAUGAUCAAAGACUGGAUGGRACGGACGGAAAAGAGAGGUCAAGAGUGGCCGGACCGAUACGUGCUCAGCGAUCAGGAUUGGAAAGAGUUUCGUUGGCGGUGGAUGGAGAGGCGAGACAUCGAAGACGAAUCUGAUUACGAAGAGAUGGGGAUCUCCGCUCAAGUCCUGUACAUGCGACUCAUGACCUUUCUGUCGUGGGACUACUUUCCUCGCACAGAUCAUGAAUAUGAUGAGGAUGAUAGAGGUGGAAGAAGAAUGGGUUCACCUGCAUGGUAUUUUGUCGAAAGAGAAAGAUGGCGGGAAGUUGGUCGACACCUUACUCUAAUGUGUCGGAACCAUCCCCAGAAUAUCAUUCACGCUUCUCGCUCAACGGACUUCAGAAAAGCACCAGCGGGAGGCUGCAUGGAGCCAUGCGUUGCAAGACUUGACUGUGGACAUGUGUGUAAGAGUUAUUGUCAUCCGGCCGAUCCUGAGCACAACAAGUACAAGUGUCCAGAAAAGUGUACAAAGAUGUUAUGCGAGAUUCAUAAAUGUCUCAAACUCUGUUGGGAAACGUGUGGAAGGUGCGAAGUUCUGGUGACAAAAGAGAUUCCAGACUGUAAACAUGAGCAAAAAGUACCGUGUUUCAUGGAUCCAAAGACGUUUAUGUGUCAGGCUUCAUGCCAAAGACUGUUGGCCUGUGAGCUGCACCAUUGUACUAGAAAAUGUUCUGACAAGUGUACCGAGAAUUGCACAACGAAAGUUCAAAAGACGCUGAAAUGUGGGCACGAAAAUACUGUGGAAUGUUACAUGGACAUCGAUAAAGUUACGUGCAAAGUUCCUUGCCGCGAGCUGUUGAAAUGUGGACAUCUAUGUCAAGGGACAUGUGGUGAAUGCUUCCAAGGCCGCCUUCAUGUUCCAUGUAAAGCUAAAUGUGAUCGCUCGUUGUUUUGUGGUCAUCUUUGUAGAGAAGCUUGCACAAGGAAUUGUCCACCAUGUUCGCAGCCCUGUGAAAAUAAAUGCUUCCACAGCAAAUGCAUGAACAAGUGUGGGGAACCCUGUGUUCCUUGUGUGAUGAAAUGCAAAUGGCAAUGUAAGCACUAUAAAUGUUCUAAGCCAUGCAGUGAGCCAUGCGACAGACCAAGAUGCAACAAAGGCUGUAGGAAGAAGCUUCGAUGUGGUCAUCGGUGUAUUGGCAUGUGUGGUGAACCUUGUCCAAAGAAGUGUCGAGUUUGCAAUAAAGACGAAGUUAACAAGAUUGUGUUCGGARACGAAGACAAGCCAUACGCACGGUUCGUUGAGCUUCAGCCAUGUGGUCACGUGAUUGAAAAGAACGCCAUGGACCACUACAUGGAUGACGUUAGUAAUGACRGUUCAAUCAUACAACUAAAAGGUUGUCCAAGAUGUAAAACACCUAUCAGAAAUGCCUUACGAUAUGGUAACGUUAUCAAGAAAACCCUAGCGGACUURGAGAAAGUCAAAGCURAGCUCAAUGUUGCUCGUGAAUACAACCUGMAACRAUCAUUUCAAAGCUUGCARGACAAGCUACGAUCUCGAAAAAUCCACCAGAAAUUCCGGCAAGAUKUAGACAAUAUCAUUAAGUCUGUCAGCAUGACAGCUAYGACAGCUGAAAAACUCAACCUGCACGASAACCAAAUCAACUUCCUUUCCWWCUUGAGCAGYAUUAUGUCUGGAAUGGAAAGUGUGAAUUCAAAGCUUAGAUCAGUCAAGCAUAGGCAUUUGCUGAGAAGAWUCAUGCRCAGAAAGGAUCUUUUUAAGGAUGUAGCUCGUGAGAUUGAAGUGYUGAAAGAGGCCCUAAUAACAAGAAUCAUUAUCAURCCAAGGCAAACGUUCAGCGAACAGGAAAAGGAGGAAAUCAAUGAUGGUCUUCUACGACURUCUCUGAUUGUAUCGUACCAUACGUUUGCGCGGUUGAGGGAAGAGCGACCUGACCCGCCGAUGGUCGGUGCAACACUUGGGCGUAUUGCAAAUGCUGUCAAGUCGCCACAGGGAAUUAGUAAAGACGAAAUUGAUCUGUAUACCAAGCAGAUUGAAGAAUUAUUCAAGAAGUACGGCCUGGACGAAUUUCAUCAACAUAUAACAGACGAGGAGAAAAMCAUCAAAUCCAUGGGUAUGYCAGAAGUCCACUGGUUCAAAUGCUCAAAAGGGCAUAUUUAUUGCAUUGAUGAUUGUAGGGGUGCUAUGGAAGAGGGCCAGUGCCCUGAGUGUGGAUCUUCAAUCAGUGGCACUAACCACGAGCUACAAGAUGGCAACAUCCUUACAGGAGAGGUGGAUGGAGCGAGGCAUGCUGACAGGAGAGGUGGAUGGAGCGAGGCAUGCUGACAGGAGAAGUGGAUGGAGCGAGGCAUGCUGCAGGAGCCGACUACCAAUAAUAUGAGGAACUCUUAUUUAGAAUUAGCACAUGUAGAGACACGCCCUCAAAAGAAUACAGAACUGGGCACAAUUUGGCAUAGAAGUCCAUUUCAUUUUUUUCAUGUUUUACAAGUAUCAAUUUGAUAUUAUUUCGGCUAUUUUAUAACUUUUAUAUAUUACAAACCAAUAAUACACAGCCUGUCUUUCAACCAAGAAUGUGGUCGUUUAACAUUUAUAGCCAGCAGUCAGAAAAUUGAUAAAACUAUGGUCCCACCAUGUUUUCAAAAACUAAUAAACGAAAAACACAGCCUGUCUUACAGCCAACAAUGUGGGCGUUUGACAUUCAUAGACAAUAAAUUCAGUCAGCAAUUGAUAAAAAAAAACUUAGAAGCUAUACUAUUAUCAUAUUUUAACCUUAGCAUAUCUUAUAAGUCUCGGUGAUCGUUUGACAUUCAUAGCCAAAAUGUUGAUUCAGCAACGUAAGUGUAAUUAAAAACAGUUCUAGAAACUUGUGUAGUUUAUUGAACAGUAAAUUUUGCUAUGUAUCAGUACCACCAACAAAC